UCUGAAGUAUAAACGGGGUAUCGGAUUAGGUCUCAGAAAACCCUCUAUUUACGGUCCAGCAAGAUGCCUCGAAUCAUACGCAUCGCAGCGGCCCAGAUGGGCUCUACCCAUCUUACAGAUCCCCGCGAGAAGACUCUAUCUCGAAUGCUCAAGCUUCUGGAUGAUGCUGCAUCGCAGGGCGCACAGCUAGUUGUUUUCCCAGAGACGGCUUUCACAACAUUCUUUCCGCGAUACUUUUUCGCGGAUGAAGAGGAACUGGAGUCGUGGUUUGAGCACGGAGAUAUUCGGACGGCUCCCAACACGAAAGCCUUGUUCGAUAAAGCACAGCAGCUAGCAGUUGACAUUUGCGUGGGAUUCGCCGAAGCGACAGAUGACAGCGAGCAUUACAAUACCUGCAUCUACUACCAUGCUAAGACGGGCUCUAUCAUCUCGAAGUAUCGCAAGAUCCAUCUCCCAGGAGACUUUGAGCCUUGGCCGGAUCCCAACGCCAUAAAUCAACUGGAGAAGAGAUAUUUCAAGCCAGGAAACCUAGGAUGGCAAGCCUUCCGCGUACCUGACUUGACAACAUCCCCUCCCGAACGUGGGGAUCCUAUCUUCGGAAUGAUGAUCUGUAAUGACCGCCGGUGGGCAGAGUCAUGGCGUGUUCUGGGCCUUCAAGGCGUGGAAGUCGUCCUAUGUGGUUACAAUACCGCCGGAUGGGCUCCUGAACUCUGGGGUUCUUCAGCAGACGAAUCCCCCGAGGAGGCAGAACGUACGGCGAUCUUCCAACAUAAGCUUUCCAUGCAGGCGCAUUCGUACACCAAUGCCACAUUCUCAGUCAGUGCUGCGAGAUGUGGCUUGGAUGAUGGGAAGUAUGACUUGAUAGCCGGAUCUUGCAUUACCGAUCCCGAGGGCCGGAUCAUCGCAGAGAGCAAGACGAAGGAUGAUGAAGUGAUCAUUGCGGAUUGUGAUCUCGAUCAGUGCAGGCCGGGGAAAACGAGAACAUUCGACUUCGCAAGACAUCGACGUAUUGAGCAUUAUGGGAGGAUAACUUCUCAGACUGGAGUCAUUGAGCCUCCAAAGCUGAACGAAAGAGACGGAUCCGCGAGUCCUAAUACUGGAGAAUAUGUCAUUGUUGGUUCUGGAUCGCCGUCUACUAAGGAAAGCAAGAAGAUCCGUAUUCUUCUCUGUAACCCGAAUGCGACGAAGUUCAUGACAGAUAAUUGCGUUAAGAUGCUUCAGCCAACCCUACCUCCAGACGUGGAAGUUCAUGGCUUCACUGCACCUACUCCAGCGCCAACCGCCAUUGAAGGCCAUAUGGACAGUGUCAUGUCUACUGCGGCAGCUGUGCGGGCUAUCAUACCCAUGGCUGACAAGUACGAUGCUUUCCUCGUGGCCUGCUACAGCGACCAUUCUCUGAUCAGGCCUCUGAGAGAGGAGCUAGACAAGCCAGUGAUCGGGAUCAUGGAAGCAAGUCUCUUCGCGGCGCGGACGCUGGGUAAUCGCUUCGGAAUGAUUGCGACAUCGAACAGAUCAAAACCAAUGGCGGAGGAUGCGAUCAGGCACUACGGCUUCGGUGACUUCUGUGUCGGUGUUGGAAGCUGUGGACUGGGGGUUCUGGAGCUUGAGAGCAAGCCUCAGAAAGAAGUUCUCGAUAUCAUGUGCGGUGUUGCCAAAGACUUGGUAGCCAAAGGAGCGGAUACAUUGACACUGGGAUGCGUUGGAAUGACCAUGCUGAAACCUGCCGUCGAGGAAGCUGUAGGUGAGGACGUCCAGGUAAUCGAUGGCGUUCUUGCAGGUGUUCAUCAUCUUGUCGGUCUGGUGAGGAUGGGGAGCAAGACGGCCAAAGCAGGCAUGUAUGCUAGUUCGAAAAGUGAUAGGCAGAGGAGAGGCCAACAAUACUUUUAACGGGUGGACUAGUCAUGCUGCUGAUUUAUACCAUGAGGAAUCAAUUACCGCAGCUAGGAAGUCUGAAGAUAGUUCGAUGUUAAA